AUGGAAUGUCCAAUGUGUUUUGAAUUAUAUGCACAAGAUAGGGUAGCAAGAAAUCUUCUUUGUGGUCAUACAUAUUGCACUAUAUGUCUUGAAACAUUGUAUAAUGUAAGUAAGAGAAUCGAAUGUCCUCUUUGCAGGACAAAACAUGAACCUAAUCUGAAACCUAAUAACUUAAGCAAAAAUUUUGUGGCAAUGGAUUUGGCUUCAAAGCAUUUAGAUGAAUAGUAAGUUGGACUCUUUAACAAUUAGAAAAAUAUUUGAACUAUGUUCAUUACAUUAAAAAUUUCCAUUAUAAUUUUAUUGUGAAGAUGAUUAAUAAAAUAUGUGUACAGAAUGUAUAAGUGAACAUUAUGGUCAUAAGUUCUUCAAAUAUGAACAUUCUGGUAUUGAAUAGAAAUGCAUAAAUUAGUUUCUUUAUAAAUCAAUAGAGUAGGGAGAAUACAAUAAAAAUUAAGGAGUCAAUAUGAGAUAUUAGAAAAAUAGAUAAAAGAUUUUGAUGAUUGUAAAGAGAAAUUAGAAGUAGAUAAUAUAAAAUUAGUAUAUAUAUAUAAAGUAAAAUUUAGAUCUAAUAAAUUGAUGAUUAAUUUGAUAGAAUAGUUGAAAAAUGUGAAAGAAGGAGAAAAGAAUUGAAAGAUAAUUUAUUCAAUAUGUUUAACUCAGAAAGUGAAUAAAUAGAAUCAGAUUUAGCAUUGAAUCAAUCAUUAUUAACUGAUAUGGUUCUAUUAUUAUAGAAAUUGGAUUAAAAGUAUAAAGAAUUAAGUAUUAUUGUUUUAAAAUAUGUAGAGACUACAAAAGUAUUUAAAGGAAAUGAUCCUAUUAAGGAAAUUAAUGAAUUAGAUGAAUUUACAGAUAGAGAUAUUGCUUAAUUAAAAUAAUUAAAAGGAAGUGAAUUAAAAAUAUUACCUAAAUUAUAUUUUGAGUAAAAAUUAAUAAGUGAUAUUAUUAAAUAUGGAUAAUUUAAGAAGGAUCUUCAAAACCCUUAGAUUUGUUAUUUUGGAGAAAAACAUAAAAUUUUAGUUUACAAUAUUGAGAAAAAUGAUUGGUAAUAUAGAUAAAUGCCAAAUGUAUAAUUUGAUAAAUAGUUAGAAUACAUUUGAUUACAAUUAUUAUGCUGCUGCUGCAAGUUUACCUAAUGGAGAUAUAAUAAUAACUGGAGGAGGAGUUAGUAGAAAUGCAAUGUUAAUAUCACCAUCUAAAGGAUUUUAAUAGUAGGCUUUGAAGAGUAUGUACUAUCCAAGAAAAGAACAUGCUUGUGUUUAUUUGGAUGGAUGUGUUUAUGCAAUAGGAGGGUAAUAGACAUAAAUGAUCUAAUAAGUUAUGAUGGUACUACUAAAUAGAUGUUAUCUUGUUGUGAAAAGUAUAGUUUAGUUGCAGAUGAAUGGAAGAUGAUUGAUCCAUUAUAAAAAUAGAAGUGUGCAUUUGCUGCUGCUACUGCUUUAAAUAAAUAUAUUUAUGUAUUUGGUGGAUUUGAUGGAAGAGAGAGAUAAAAUACAAUUGAGAGAUAUUGUAUCAAAGAUAAUCAAUGGAAAGUUUUGGAAUUCAAAUUUAAAUAAGGAUUUAGUAAUGCAGCAGCACUCUCUUAUGAUGAUAAUUAAAUUCUCAUUUUAGGAGGAGGGUAUUAUCUAUUAAUUAUAUAUUUAAGUUCUAACUAAGGUUUUAGUAAUAGUUUACAAAUGUUUGAUACAAAUAAUUAAACAAUUAAGAUUAUUAGUAUGAUGACAGAUGGGAGAGAUUUGAGAAAUAAACUAAUUAUUUAUAAUAAUAAUUUAUAUGCAUGUGGAGGAAAUACAAAUUCUAUUGAAAAAUAUUCAAUUUCAUAAUAGAUAUGGACUAAUCUUAAGUAUUUUAUAAUUAUUAUCUUAGAAAUUAUGAUUAUUUAGUUUAAGAUAAUUUGGAUUCAUGGUGUAGUGCCUUCACUUUUGAUGUUAAUGAUUCAUAUUCUAUAACAAAUUUGAUGAAAAAUUGUUAAUCUAAAGAAGUAAAUUAUUAAUAUAUAUAUAUUUUUAGUUAUAAUAAUAAAAUCAAUUAUAAGAAUAAAUAAUGUUUGAAAAUGAUUCAUUUUAUUAGGAUGCAAUGAGUGAUAUAUCAGAUAGUUAAUUUUAUGGCAAUUAAAGUCAAGUUUAAUAGAAUGAUUGGUAUUGA